GGGUAAGAUAAAUCGUCAGGUUAAUUAUCCGUAUUUUCAAAUUUUGCAGAAAUCUUUGAUCCCUCCGCCAAGUUAUCUUCUUCACCAUUACCAAAUUCAAACUCUGUCUGACGACUGCUGCCACCGCUGAGCUCUGUUUUGUGCCAUUAAUGCGUUGAGAAUUCACACCGAUGGCGACAUCGGCUUUCAAAUCGACGACCAAAAGAGCUCCCAUCGGCGGCUCCGCCGAGGUCUCCUCCUCCAGCUCAUCCUCCGGGAACCGAGCUGCUCGCCGGUCGAGGAGUCUCAGUCGGUUCUCACGUAGGCUCCCGUUCGGUGAAGAACCGGCAGAGGCUGCUGCGAGCUCAGGUUUUGAGCCCACUCCCAGGCGGAGGUUCGUGAAUACUGCCAGAGGCUCUGUGUUCCCUGAGAUCAGCCUGGAUGAUCUCGCGCAGGAGUUUUUUUGCCGAAAGGAUGAAGAGAUAGAUAGCAGUGAUCCUGACCGCACUCGCUCUGCUAGACGCGGCUCGGACAUUGGUCGUUGGGCAAGUGAAACGGCGUCAUCUCAAAGGCGUGGGAGGUCAGUCUCCAGGCAGAGCUCGAGCUCGAAGACUAGUGGAGACAGAAAGAGUGUUGUCUCUGAUCGUUCACGAGUCAACACCGGACUUUCCGAGAGUAACUCGAGGAGGCGGCGGUCCGUUUCAUCAGUUCGAUUUCAGAUUAGCGACUCCGAGAGUGAUGCAGAUCAUUCUCGCAAACAAGAAAUUACUAUCAAGAGUCUCGGCAAUACAAACCAUGUGAUUUCUUCACACAAAACAAUAGCUGCUAACAGUGCACGACCAAGAAGGCCAAUGAACCAAAAAGAGCUUUCACGUUUACAUGAUGGUUACUCUAGUCACUCUUCUGUCCUAACAGAUGAUGAUUUGAAGAACCAUCCUGAUAAAAAUGUGAAUGAGAAAAUCAUUCGAGCUGUUUAUUCCCAGAAACAGGCGGAGCACCCUACUGAAGAUGACAUAAAUAGUGGGUUAUAUGAAGCAAUGAAGAAAGGACUUAGAUACGCUGUUGAAGAAAUCAAAGUUGAACUUGAACAGGGCAUGGUAAGGAAGAGUGGCAAUCACUCUCAGCUGGAUUCUGCAGCUAGAAAUAGUUAUGUGGCAAAGUUGGAAGAGUCUGAAAUGCGAAAGCAGGACCUUCUUGCUGAAAUACUGUUGGAGGAUCAAAAGGGUAGGGAGCUUUCUAGGAUUGUAACAGAAAAUUCGGCACCACUGGUUAAACCAUCACGAACAAGGAAGAAGAGUAAUGACCCAGGCACACUGUCUAGGCAACUAACUGAUGAAGCUGAGAAAUAUUUUGAGGAUUUCAUUACAAAUGUAGAAGAUACAGAUAUAUCUUCUUUUGAUGGAGAAAGGAGUGAUGGAAGCUCCACUUUAGGAGGGAUGAUGAAGGCAUGGGAUGGCAUAGCUGACAUGGAACCCAGAGCUUACCAGAUUCAAGAAGGAUCCAAUAUUCAUCGAGGUGAAAUGGAUGGUGUUAAUUUACCUUGGUUAAGGUGGGAGACGAGCAAUGAUGGCUCUUCCUCAGGCAAGGCUGAACUAAGGACUCCUCUUAGCCGAAAAUUAGUAAUCUGGGAUGCAAAACAGGACCAUAGUUGUUAUUCCCCUAGCAGUCAGGGGAGUUACAGUCCUGCAAUUAUGAAAUACCAUGAAAUUAGCAAGCUUAGUAAAAGAGUGGACAGUGAAGAAAACUACAAACGUGAAGUUCCUCCCAAGUUCGACAUGCAUGAGUAUGUUAUGCUUCAACAGAGUGAAGAAAUGUUGUUUGAAAGGUAUAGGGAGCGGAAAAGAAUAAGCUCUGGGGGACUUCUAUUAACUUGUACAAAUGCUUUUAGUAAUUUAAUUUUAUGAUUUUUUUUGUUAUGUAAUUUAUUAGGGCUAACCAUACAAAGACUUCAAUCUUCCCUAGCCUCUCGAGUCUCCACUCCGGAUUUCAGUUUUACUUUGAAAAAUAAAGAGAUGCUCCGUAUUAGUUGUUCUGAUGAUUUAUUAUUUUUCUCAUGUCUAACAUUUGAUUUUAGAGUUGUGAUUAAUUAAUUGUUGUACAAUGCUAGUUGAAUUACUCUAAGCUGAAGAAA